CACUGACUCAGUCCGACUCCAGUCGCUCAGCCGCUGUUCGCCUUACUUGCUAAAAUAUAAACUUAUAUUGUAAGGAGGUCUUAUCGAAACGAACGAAAAAUAAACGAUAAAAAAACUGCAUAAAUAUAUGAAAAAAUAAUGUUUUUAGUGAGUUAAGUGUUGUCAAGUUGUGUAAGUUAGUAAGUUCGUGAAUCUGUGUUUGGUUGAAGUGUUCGCUCGAGUCCCGUUGGCCCGUGAUACCGAGUUUGCGUGAGAGGAUAAGUGCUGUUGGUGUGUGGCUGUUUUUGAUAUCAAUAUGAAGCACGAGAAAUGACCAUGUGUAAGCUCAAGAAAUCAGUUAACGACAUAACAUUGGAAUGACAGUGAUACAAUAGAGCCGCAAAAUGUCGCAGUCAGCGCUGGGCCUCGGCGGGGAGCGGAGGUACUCGGUGCCGUCCAACCCGCUGAUGCACGACCAUCGGGGCAUGCACUCUGAGGACCUGCAUGCCUGGUCGAUUUACAGGCAAAACCUGAACUCGGACUUCACUGACAGUGCAUUGGGGAGCACGGACAAGAGCCCACUGCCUUAUGGGAACUUCCAGCUGAGGGAUACUACCGUACAGUCCAUAUUAUCGCAUCCUCGAUAUGGACCUAAAUCGGCGCUCGGCUCCAAUAUGUAUACGUACCUGAAGUUCGGGCUACCUCGGGUGUUUCCGCCGAACCACAACGGAUCCCAGCGGUCUGGUACUCCUAAGCCGAAGACUUCCAUUGGAAGUGGCAUGAAACCAGUGCCCAGGAUCCAAAGGCAAAGUCGAGGUAUGCGAGAAACUUCAUCAGGAUACGACAGUUCGGACAACGAGACCACCACAAACUAUAAGUACAGUCGAAAGUAUCGCUCUGACCCGGAUUUUAGGAUGCAAAACGUACAUCCUUCUCUGCAGCCUAAUACCGGCGUCCCAGUAGUAGCGAUGCAGCAAGCAGGAAUCCGCGGCGACGGCCAGUGGACGAACUCGCGCCACAAGUCCGUCAGUGAAGCAAACCUGCUCGGUAUAGACGCGCGACCACAACGCACACACUACAGCAAUAGGAGAAACAGUGUCGCUGAUUAUGUGCCCGAUGGAGACCACCAAAGCUACUUAAUGUCACCUUCGCACCUGGGCGGUCGCAUGUCUAAGGCCGGCAGCCACAUGUCUAUCGCACAGUCUAGGAAACACUCCACACUGAGACCGGGAGACCACCUAGACGGAUACACGCAUUCCGCGUAUAUUUACCCUAAUUAUUAUGUAAACAGUUUAGAAAUAACAGCGCCAGAAAACAAGUCAACUCUUUUAGUAUCUGGGCUAAGCUUCGAGGUGAAGUCGGGAGAAAUCCUGGCUGUAUUAGCAACAUCCCAUCACGAAGCUACAGGACUAUUAGAUGUUCUAGCUGGUGUACGAAAGAAACUGACGGGAGACAUAGUCAUCAACGGCCAGCCGGUUGCGUCAUCAACUCUUCGGAAGGUAGCCGCGUACGUACGUAAGGAUACAUCGCUAUGUGCCGCGAUGACAGUAGAACAUACCUUGAGGUUCCACGCUGCGUUGAGAAGACCCCGGAACAACGGACAAGUGAAGAUGGAUGACAGAGAUCGGAUAAACCUCCUAAUAGAAGAACUAGGACUCGAACAAGUCAGGGACACAAACGUGGGACGUUUAACUCGUUCCGAAAUCCGACGCCUGAACGUAGCAUGUCAACUUCUCUUAGACAUGGCCAUAUUAAUUCUUGAUCAACCCACAAAGGAAAUGGAUAUAUUUGACACCUUCUUCCUGGUGGAAUAUUUGAGGAAUUGGGCCAGUACUGGAAGAGUGGUUAUCAUGUCGCUGCAUCCACCUACUUAUGAGAUUUUUGCUAUGCUUACAAAGGUGGUUUUAAUAUCAGCCGGUAGAACGAUGUUCAGCGGGUACAGAAGGGAUAUGUUGCCAUAUUUUGCCUCCAUCGAUUAUCCCUGCCCUGCUUUCAAGAACCCCUCGGACUACUAUCUGGAUCUUGUCACACUAGAUGACCUAUCAGCGGCAGCGAUGCUAGAGUCUUCAGGGCGUAUCUCUGCGCUAGCGAACGUGUUCGCGGGAGCGCACGCAGCGCCCGAGCCGCCGCCGCCCGUGCCGCUGCCCGCGCCGCUCACCCGGCACAACGUGCUCGUGCAGGCCGCUGCGCUUAUACAAAAGAGUCUGUUAUACACACAAUCGACAACUAUAUCGAACGUGAUAACACGAGUACUCCUCGCGGCUGUCAUGUCGCUGAUCACGGGCGCCAUAUUUUGGGACCUUCCAUCCACAGACCCUGCGUUAACACAAAAUGACCGUGUAGGAUACCACUACACUGUAAUGUGCCUUACUGUGUGGCCGAUCCUUCUGUGGCUGAGUGCGAGAGAAGCGAGUUCCAUGCGACAUCACGUGGAAAGAGAUAUCGCCGUCGGACUGUACUCCAGAACUGUGUUCAUAUUGUUCGAUCAACUCCUAGAGGUAUGGUCAGCGUGUAUAACGUGGCUGGCGUACCUGGUGCCAAGCUACGCCAUGACAGGCCUGUAUGCGCAGGCACCAGCCUCCUUCGACGGUUUCUAUUAUUACUUAGGUUACAUGCUGGUCUACUUAAUAAGCAUACAAAUGUUAUGUCGAGCGACAAUAUUCAUUGUGCCAAUGGAGAAGACUGCAGCUAUCAUAUCAGGGUUCUGCUUGCUACUAAGCACGUUGGUCAAUGGCGUGAUGAUACACGAACGGGAUUUGCCGUACUACGUCACGUGGCUACAGUAUGUGUCUCCUUCGAGAUGGACGAUCCCAGAAUUAUUGGGAAGAGAACUGAGUGAAGUUGCCUUGAGGAGCAGUAUUAGUAAGGAUGUGAGGUGUCCUAAUAAACAAAGACCAUACCAAGACAUAAUAGUACAAUCGCCGUGCCCCCCUCCAAACGGCACACAAGUACUGUCAAACUUCGAGUACAUUCGCUCCGACCAUCUCUGGGAGUGGACAGACGAGUCCUUCCUCAUAGCUCUGGCUAUAUUCUACGCAGUCUUCGCUUUUGUGGCCUUAGUGGCUUUUGUAGCCGACUGUACCAAGUACACGAAGAGAAAAGACCUCACGUCUAGGAAAGGGCAUAAAGUUAGUGUUAAUACUCCUUGAAUUUAGACUGUUUAGUUAAUGGGAUUUUUUUCUGGUUUGGGACGUGCCUCGUGUUUGAGAGAUAUAGAGUUAUACUGAACGUAUAGUCAUCUCUUUUCUGGGAGGUAUUUUAAAAUGUUGCAGAUUAUAGUUAUUUUAGUUUCAGAAAGCUAAAUCUAUUUGAAAUGAUUUGUGAUUAAGAAUAUAAAAGUCGAACAAUGUACAAAAGUAUGAAUUGUCAUAAUAAAAUUAUAUUAUUAGGAGUAUAAUCAAUUAUGAAGUUGAAUUAAAAGGCUGACUGUAGGUCUUCCGUCCAAUUGUUAAGGGUUUAUAUAUAUUUUGUCUAUGAUCUACAGUGGAUAGAAUUAGGAUUGUGUUAGUGGGUUAAAUAGGAUCCCAGAGGACCUAAAAUACUAGAUUCUAUAGAUAAAGGAAACCUUAAAAAAUAAAUACAUAACAACUUCUAUUCAUUCCACUACCUUAUUUAGUUAAUUAAAAUAAACUUAGAAAUAAAGCCAUUUCUAUAUAGACGAAUAAACAUCUAUCAAUUGCUUUGAUACUUAGCUUUUCCUUCUCUACCUCUUUGUUAGUAGAAAAGUAAAAAAGUGGCAAUACCAUUUGGUAAUAUGGUAAUGUUGCUAACAAUAUAGACUUUGAACUACAAUGCGUGCCUUGUACAUAAAUCUAGAUAUAGAAUCUGCAUAAUACAUACUAAGGUAAAUUGAGUAAUUAGUUUAUCAAAUAUGUACACAGACGCACAUUUAAAAUUUAGGCCAAUUUCUCGUUCACAAAUAUAUCAAAAAAGUUCCAUUACGAAUAUUAGUCACUUAGCCAAACCCACUGAUUUAAUGUUACCCCGGUUUAUUGAAAAAACAAAACUGAUUUUGUGCUCAUAUGAAAAUCGAUCGAGAAAAAUGUAGAUAGGAUUUAUUAAACUCUUAGGUGUUGUAAACAUUUGUUCAAGAAGGUCUUAUUUCCAGACCUUUUUGUCAAAUUAGUUUUAAAGUGAAGCCAUAUCACUUAAUAUUAAAAAUUAUUCUUAAGUUACCUUAACGUCAAACUAUAAAAUUAAAUAAUGUAAUAAUAAAAAUAGUAAUUUAAUGA